AUGUUUUCGACGAUAAAUAGUUGUGGGACUGAUCGUACUGGUGUGCGGUUGGUUUUAGAGAUGCGCUUGAGAAUCGCUGUUGAGCUGAUGGUCUUAGCCGUUCUUGGCCAUGGAGGUGUUGGGUAUGAUGACAUGGACGAAAAACCUCAGUACUUGACUCAUGCAUUAUCCGAAUGUGCCAAUCUACCCAUCCAAGUCAAAAACGACCUCGCUAUUAUGAAGCUCGAUGAGAGUAAGUACAAACACAAGGUUCAAUUGUGCAGAAAUGGCCUCCAGUAUUGGGAGGAGAUGCUUAGCCGUCACCCACUUAACAAUAAACAGGACCUCAAGUGGAAGCUCACCAAAGACGAAUGGACGUGUGAUUGGCCUCGCACGUGUCGGACGAGAUUGACUUAUGGUUUCGGUUACAUAAUGGACCGCGGCGCGUAUAGCCAUAGAGUUGAAAUAAUCUGCUACAAAUGGGAAUAUAAGUUCGAACCAAACACUUUCGCAACUCAACCCCCUCCUCUUGCUCCUACAACGGCUGCAGUUCCGGUGGUUCCGAUCGAUCGUAUACAUCCAAAUUACAUCGACAUCUUUGAUGGACCUUCAAAGAAGCUGACCAGAGUAAUUAUGCCGCCGCCAAGAGCUAAACGAAAUGCCUUAUCGUUGCGUCGUGGAUUGCGUUCGUCUAAACGAGUGCGCAAUUUUGAAGCGGAUGGCUGCACUCAAACACCUAAUGAUAAAGUGUUAAAGUUGUUCGCCUACUCGCACCUACGACAUUAG